AUGCCAUUGCAACACUGUCCCAAAAGCGCCCAUCUUGAGACUCUGCAACGAGCCAUUGACACGCUCAACCUCGAGGCUUACUCGAACAUUGCAUACUGGGUCGAGAGGACAAACGACAAAGUCGUUGAGACUCUACACGCGAGGUUGCGCCAGGCACUCAAGGAUUGGACUGACGACUUUGAGAAUGGGUAUGGCGCAGAGCAGCAGUCAUCCCGAGAGGCAGGUACACCGAACAUCGAAACCUUUGCACACGACAUUGUCAUGCAGAGUCAGCUAAUCCAGCUGGAGCCGCCGCUUGAGGACGCAAAAGUUGGCUGGCUCGACAAUCUUCAUACCUGGCUGUCGAUCGUCUGCAGCCUUCCUAAAUUGCAGGCUUCUCGCUUCGAGACUGCGCUAGCUAUUAGGUCCUCCUCGACUGCCGCUACUUAUUCGGAGCUACCCAUCAUGUGUAUAGACACACUUGCUGAAUUGUACGAGCGCAUUGAGGCCAAGCUGAGCACUGCCCAACUCUAUGUUGACGAGUGGCUGCAAUUUCAGUCGCUGUGGGAUCUGCAGCUCGGCCAGAUCCAGGAUGAUCUUGGUGAAGAGCUCGAUUUGUGGCUGCAGCUGAUUCUUGAGAUCCGCCAGAAGCGAGAAACAUUUGACACAUCCGGGAUGCGCCGGUCUUUCGGUCCCCUUGUGAUCAACUACGAGCAGGUACAGGCCAAGGUCAAUGCCAAGUACGAUCAGUGGCAGCAUGAUCUACUAGCUCAUUUCUCGACGAUGUUCGCAACUCGGCUCGUUGAUGUUUACAGUGAGCUGCAGCGAGCCAGGAAAGAUCUGGAGGGUCAAUCGAUGCAGGCCUCAUCGACGUCCCAAGCGGUCUCCUUCAUUACAGUAGUCCAGACAUGCAAGCGACAGACCAAGAUUUGGGAACCGGAGAUGGACACAUUCAGACAAGGACAGCAGACUUUAUCCCGACUGCGAUUUCAGUAUCCCAAGGACUGGCUGCAUGUGGAACAAGUUGAUCACGAGUGGGCUGCUCUUGUCGAAGUGCUCGAGAAGAAAAGCAAGCAAAUUAACGAUCACACAGAGGGUCUACGCACCAAGAUUGUGGCCGAAGAUGGCGUCGUCUCUCGCCGCAUUGCAGAAAUGACGGAGAAGUGGCAGGAGCAACGUCCAGAGUCUGGGUCGACGCCCCCAGCCGAGGCCGUAGCCAGUCUUGAAGGCUUUGACAAGGAGUUGACUCAGCUACAGGAACAGCACGACAUGGUCGCAAAAGCCAAGGAAGCGCUUGAGCUACCCUCGAGUCCUGACAACAUGCUUGCAGACCUGCUGGCGGAGGUGCAAGACUAUAAAUCGGUUUGGGCGAAUUUGACUGUGGUCUGGGAUCAGCUCAGCGAGCUCAGAGAUCAGCCAUGGAACAGUAUCCAGCCUCGCAAGCUUCGCCAGAGCAUUGAAAAUCUCAUCAAGACAACGAAGGAAAUGCCCAGUAGAAUGCGCUCCUACGCCGCCUUCGAGCACUUGCAGCAACAUCUGAGACAACUGCUUAAGGUCAACCCACUGCUCACCGAGAUGCGAUCUGAUGCUGUUCGGGAAAGACAUUGGACCAAGAUCUUCAGGAACCUAGCGCCUUCGAAGCGCUAUUCCCCUCUGUCAAUGAGUCUUGGUGACGUUUGGGAUCUGCAACUCGGCCCUAGUGAGUCUAUCAUCCGGGACGUGAUCACACAAGCGCAAGGAGAAAUGGCACUGGAAGAGUUUGUUCGCGGCGUGCGCGAACAGUGGCAAAACUACUCCCUGGAUCUGGUCAACUAUCAAUCCAAGUGCCGACUAAUUCGAGGUUGGGAUGAUCUUUUCGCCAAAUGCAGUGAUCACCUUAACUCUCUGCAGGCCAUGCGACAUUCUCCGUACUAUAAGGAGUUUGAAGAGGAAGCCUCAUCCUGGGAAGAUAAGCUCAACCGUAUCCACGUACUGUUCGAUGUGUGGAUCGAUGUUCAGCGUCAAUGGGUCUACCUCGAAGGUGUCUUCACUGGUAAUGCUGAUAUCAAGCACUUGUUGCCUGUGGAGUCGUCGCGCUUCGCCAACAUCAAUAGCGAGUUUAUGGGCGUUCUCAAGAAAGUGUACCGUUCGCCUCUGGUCCUGGACGUACUCAACAUCCCGGAUGUGCAGAAGUCACUCGAGCGAUUGGCUGAUCUGCUCAACAAGAUCCAGAAAGCGCUUGGGGAGUACCUAGAGAAAGAGAGAGUGGCGUUUCCGCGUUUCUACUUUGUUGGUGACGAAGACCUUCUUGAGAUCAUUGGUAACAGUAACGACACUGUGCGUGUCGCAAAGCACCUGCGAAAGAUGUUCGCGGGCAUUAACGGCCUCUUGCUUGAUGACGAACAAAACAUUCUGGGUCUGCAAUCACGUGAAGGAGAAGAAGUCCUGUUCAAGACCCCCAUCUCACUCAUCAAGACACCCAAGAUCAACGACUGGCUUCGAGCGUUGGAGAAUGGCAUGCGGGAGACGCUCUCUGAGCUACUGGUCGAGGCUGUGGCCGAGUAUGAGUUACUUGACGACAGUGACAAUACUGCCUUUGAAGGUUUCAUAGAGAAGUACCCUGCUCAGAUUGGCGUGCUGGCAACACAAGCAUACUGGACAGCACAGGUGGAGGCCGCUCUUCAGCAGGACGGAGCUCUCUUGCAAAAGUUGUUUGAGACGCAAGUCAGCAAGCUAAGGUUCCUGGCUACCAUUGUGCUGAAGGAACUGACGCCAGUGCAUCGCAAAAAGUGCGAGCAGUUAAUCACUGAGUUUGUGCAUCAGCGAGACAAGAUUGAGCAGCUGAUUGAAGGCGGUGCCGACUCGCCAGGCCAUUACUUGUGGCUACUGCAGAUGCGCUAUGAAUUCACAGCCAGCGCGCCUCCUCUUGAACGAAUGCAAGUUCAGGUUGCGAACGCCACCCUUGCCUAUGGAUUCGAAUACCUUGGCGUGCCAGAGCGUCUUGUUCGUACUCCUCUGACUGACCGCUGCUUCCUGACUCUCAGUCAAGCACUCUGCCAACGGCUUGGCGGUUCGCCAUAUGGACCAGCCGGUACUGGUAAGACUGAGUCUGUUAAAGCUCUUGGUGUGCAGCUUGGUCGCUUCACCUUGGUCUUCAACUGUGACGAUACCUUCGAUUUCCAAGCCAUGGGCCGUAUCUUCCUCGGUCUGUCACAGGUUGGCGCAUGGGGUUGCUUCGAUGAGUUCAACAGACUUGAAGAGCGAAUUUUGUCUGCUGUCUCGCAGCAGAUUCAAAACAUCCAAGUGGGCCUUCGCAAGCGUGCGCUAAAUGACAACGCGCAGAUCGAACUCAUUGGUCGGCAGCUGAAGGUGCAUCCCUUGACAGGAAUGUUCAUCACCAUGAAUCCUGGCUAUGCUGGACGUUCGAACUUGCCAGAUAAUCUGAAGAAGCUGUUCCGCAGUGUCGCAAUGUCGAAGCCCGACAAAGAGAUCAUUGCAGAGGUCAUGCUGUUUUCGCAAGGGUUUUCAGAGGCCAAGACGCUGUCCAGACAGACCGUCCCAUUCUUCGACAAGUGCAGCGCGGGAUUGUCCAAGCAACCACAUUACGAUUUCGGUCUUCGUGCGCUGAAGAGUGUGCUUGUCAGCUCUGGGGGUCUCAAGCGUACGCGACUUGCUAUUGGUGGUGCAGAGGGCGCCGACGUGGUGGUGGAGCCGCAAAUUAUCGUUCAGAGCAUUCGCGAAACCAUAGCACCGAAACUCGUACGAAAUGAUGCUCUACUCAUGCAAGAGAUCGAGGAGGAAGCUUUCCCUGGCGUGAAGUACAUGCCUGCACCGCUAGAGAAGCUGCGCGCUGCCCUUGAAGAAGUCGUCGAAGAGCGGAAGCUGGUUGCUACAGACUCGUGGCUAACUAAGGUGUUGCAGCUAUAUCAGAUUCAGAGCCUGCAUCACGGUGUCAUGAUGGUCGGAAACUCCGGCACGGGCAAGUCUACUGCGUGGCAAUCAUUGCUUGCUGCCCUACAAAAGGUCGACGGCAUCGAGGGCGUAUGCCAUGUCAUCGAUCCCAAAGUCAUGUCAAAGGAGAGUUUGUACGGAAGUCUCGACAGUACGACCCGCGAAUGGACUGAUGGCCUAUUCACGAGCAUACUACGCAAAGUCGUAGACAACCUCCGUGGUGAAGAUACUAAGCGGCACUGGAUCGUUUUCGAUGGCGACGUCGAUCCUGAGUGGGUCGAAAAUCUGAAUUCCGUGCUCGAUGACAACAAGCUGCUGACGCUGCCAAAUGGUGAGCGCUUGGGUCUGCCCUCAAAUGUGCGAGUCAUGUUCGAAGUCGAAACCCUACGAUACGCUACUCUGGCGACUGUUUCGAGAUGUGGUAUGGUGUGGUUCAGCGACGACACUGUUGACAUUGAUGUCAUGCUCUCGAGGUACAUUGCUCAAUCACGGACUGCUACUUUUGAGGAUCUGGAAGAAGACUCUGGGACGGCUACAUCUGCGGAAUCGAGACUUGCGGUACAGAACCUGAUGGCCGAGAUACUGAGCCGACGACUGACGGAAAACGAGUUCGUGAGAAAGAGCCUGGAGCACUGCGCGGGCAUGAAGCACAUCAUGGAGUUCACGUCAAUUCGCGCGAUUGGCACUCUUUUCUCUCUGCUGCGCAAGGCAUGUCGUUCUGUGCUCGAAUACAACGUCUCACACGUCGACUUCCCUCUUGGCGACGAGCAGAUCGAGGCAUAUCUCUCGAAGAAGGUUCUGCUAGCUGCUGUCUGGUCCUUUACAGGUGAUUGCCCACUUCUAGAUCGCAAAGCAUUUGGCGACUACUUGGCUGGUCUGGCCACACUUGACAUGCCCGUGCUCUCCGAAACAACAUCGCUUAUCGACUACGAUGUCACCCUUCCAGAAGCCAGCUGGACUUCGUGGCAGAACCAAGUACCUACCAUCGAGGUCAAUACACAUUCGGUCACACAGACCGACCUAGUCAUUCCGACUCUGGAUACUGUUCGACAUGAAGACGUUCUGUACUCGUUCUUAGCAGAACACAAGCCUCUCCUACUUUGUGGUCCCCCUGGGUCUGGUAAGACGAUGACACUCUUCAGCGCCUUGCGCAAGCUACCAAAUCUGGAAGUCGUUGGCCUCAAUUUUUCCAGUGCAACGACGCCAGAACUGCUCGUCAAGACCUUAGAACAGUACUGUGACUACAAGAAAUCCCUCAGUGGUGUCACGAUGGCACCUCGGCAGAUUGGCCGAUGGCUUGUUGUUUUCUGCGAUGAGAUAAACUUGCCAGCACCAGAUAAAUAUGGCACCCAGCGCGUCAUAUCUUUCCUCCGACAACUAGUCGAACACGGCGGUUUCUGGCGCACCUCGACCAAGAGCUGGGUUAGCCUGGAGCGGAUUCAAUUCGUUGGUGCCUGCAAUCCUCCAACGGAUGCUGGCCGUACUCCUCUCGGCCUCCGUUUCCUGCGACAUGCUCCGCUGAUUAUGGUCGACUAUCCUGGCGAGCUCUCUUUAAAGCAAAUCUAUGGCACGUUCAAUACUGCUGUUCUUAAGAUCAUCCCCACUUUACGAGGAUAUGCAGAUGCCUUGACGCAAGCUAUGAUUCAAGUCUAUCUCAUGUCGCAGAAGCGCUUUACUCCGGAGAUCCAGCCGCACUACGUCUAUUCCCCGCGUGAGUUGACGAGGUGGGUGAGAGCCAUGUAUGAAGCAAUCCGACCACUCGAAACGCUUUCUCUCGAAGGCUUGCUUCGUAUCUGGGCACAUGAGGCGCUCCGUCUGUUCUCCGAUCGGCUUAUCGCUGAUGACGAGAGGCAGUGGACUGAAGACACCGUGAAUAGUGUUGCGCUCGAGCACUUUCCCAACCUGGACGAGGAGACGGCCUUGCAGAGGCCUAUACUAUUCUCGAAUUGGCUGUCGAAAAACUACGUCCCUGUGGCACGCGAUCAAUUGCGAGAUUUCGUGAAAGCCAGAUUGAGAACCUUCUGCGAAGAGGAACUCGAUGUGCCGCUUAUAUUGUUCAAUGAUGUGCUGGAACAUGUACUUCGUAUUGAUCGAGUUUUCCGACAGCCUCAAGGACAUCUGAUCCUGAUUGGUGUUAGUGGAAGUGGCAAGACUACGUUGUCUCGCUUUGUGGCUUGGAUGAACGGACUUUCCGUCUUUCAGAUCAAAGUGCACGGCAGGUACUCCUCUGAGGACUUCGACGAGGAUCUCCGAGUGGUUCUGCGACGCUGUGGUACCAAGGGGGAAAGAAUAUGCUUCAUCAUGGACGAAUCGAAUGUGCUCGACUCUGGAUUCCUGGAGCGUAUGAACACUCUCCUAGCCAAUGGUGAGGUUCCGGGUCUUUUCGAAGGUGAUGAGUAUGCCACUCUUAUGACUGCUUGUAAAGAAGGUGCUCAGCGACAAGGUCUUCUGCUGGAUUCUCAAGAGGAGCUGUACAAGUGGUUCACGCAGCAGAUCGUACGGAACCUACAUGUUGUGUUCACGAUGAACCCACCUUCUGAAGGCCUCGGAUCGAAGGCGGCAACUAGUCCUGCUUUGUUCAACCGUUGCGUGCUCAAUUGGUUCGGCGACUGGUCCGAUCAAGCGCUAUACCAGGUCGCAUACGAACUUACGCAAUCGGUGGAUAUCGAGAAGGCCAAUUACGCAUGCCCAGAUAGCCUACCGAUCGAGUUCGACCAGCUGGAGAUGCCCCUUUCGCACCGGGAUGCUGUUGUCAAUGGCAUGGUUCACGUUCAUCACUCGUUGCGCUCUUUCAAUGAUCGCCUGAUGCGACAGCAGAAUAAGCAGACAUUCUUGACUCCAAGACAAUUCUUGGACUUUGUUGCUCAAUUUGUCAAGCUUUUUAACGAGAAGCGUGACGAUCUCGAGGAACAGCAACGCCACCUGAAUGUUGGUCUAGAUAAGCUUCGAGAGACUGUCCAGAAGGUGUCCGAGCUGAAGAGGAGCCUAGCGGAGAAGAAGACCGAGCUCGAGAAGAAGGACAUUGAAGCGAGUGAGAAGCUGCAGCGUAUGGUGGCCGAUCAGCGAGAAGCGGAACAGAGACGUGCCGCAUCGCUUGAGAUCCAGGCUGCACUCGAAAAGCAAGAGAAGGAAGUCGCGACGCGGAGAGAAGUGGUGCUGAAUGAUCUCGCAAAGGCUGAACCUGCUGUGGAAGAGGCGCAGAGGAGCGUCAGUAAUAUCAAGCGUCAACAUUUGACUGAAGUGAGGUCUAUGCAGAACCCCCCUGCCGGCGUCAAGCUUGCGUUGGAGUCUGUUUGCACGCUGCUUGGACACAAGGCUACAGAUUGGAAGACGAUUGUCAGCAUUGUGAGGAGAGAUGACUUCAUCGCAAGCAUUGUCGGCUAUGACAAUGAACGCCAGAUGACGCCAAACUUGAGAUCAAAGAUGGAGGCGGAAUACUUGUCCAAAGAUGACUUCACUUUUGAGCGAGUCAAUCGCGCAUCCAAGGCUUGCGGUCCACUCGUGCAGUGGGUAGAAGCCCAGGUCAAUUAUUCUGCCAUCCUGGACAGAGUCGGUCCUUUGCGUGAAGAAGUCGACCAGUUACAGGAAGAGGCUUUGCAGACCAAAGCGGAGGCAAAGGCCAUUAUGAACACUCUCGAGGAGCUUGAACAGAGCAUUGCAACGUACAAGUCUGAGUAUGCAUCGCUCAUCAGCCAGACUGAGGCGAUCAAGGCUGAGAUGACUCGUGUGCAAUCCAAAGUAGAUCGCAGCAUGCGCCUACUGAACAGCUUGUCAUCGGAACGUGGUCGUUGGGAAGAGAGCAGCAAGACAUUCCAGGUGCAAAUGGAGACCAUCAUCGGCGAUGUUUUCUUGGCUUCCGCCUUCUUAGCAUAUGCUGGUCUAUACGAUCAGCAGUAUCGUCGUGCCAUGCUAGAAGAUUGGUCACUGCAACUAUCUGCUUCGGGCAUCUCCUUCAAGCCGCAGAACGCACUUUCCGAAUACCUUUCGACUGCGGACGAGAGACAACAAUGGCAUGAAAAUGCACUGCCGGUUGAUGAGCUUUGCACGGAGAAUGCCAUUAUGUUGAAGAGAUACAAUCGCUAUCCGCUCAUCAUCGAUCCGUCUGGACGUGUGACAGAUUUCUUGCAGAACGAGACGAAAGAUCGGCGUCUCACUGUCACGAGUUUCCUGGACGGCUCGUUCGUGAAGCAGCUCGAAAGUGCUUUGCGUUUUGGCAAUCCAAUUCUCAUACAGGAUGCGGAGCACAUUGAUCCAAUACUCAACCAUGUGCUGAACAAGGAGUAUCAGCGCACCGGUGGCCGUGUGUUGAUACAGCUUGGUAAACAAGAGAUCGACUUCUCGCCUGCUUUCAAGCUGUACUUGUCAACCAAAGAUCCUUCAGCGGCGUUUGCGCCGGAUAUCUGCAGCAGGACCACUUUCGUCAACUUCACUGUCACGCAGAGCAGUUUGAAAACCCAGACACUGAACGAGGUUCUGAAGUCCGAACGCCCAGAUGUUGAUGAGCGAAGAUCGAAUCUUGUCAAGAUGCAAGGCGAAUUCACGCAACGACUGCGACGCCUCGAACGAAUGUUAUUGCAGGCACUCAACGAGUCGCGCGGCAACAUUCUGGACGAUGAAAAUGUUAUCAACACCCUCGAGAAGCUCAAGAACGAGGCUGCAGAGAUCACGACAAAGGCUUCAGAGACGGAGGGUGUCAUGAACGAAGUCAACACCAUCAUGAACACCUACGACAUCAUUGCGCGGUCCUGCUCGGCCAUCUUUGCGGUUUUGGAACAACUGUACCACGUCCACCACUUCUACCAGUUUUCCCUGCAGUACUUUGUGGACAUUUUCGAAUCGGUGCUACGUGCAGCUCGCGAAUCUGCGGAGCGCGAUCCAAAGCGACGCAUUGAUACCAUCGUGCGUUCGCUUUUUGCCAAGACAUACAACGAGACCUCAGCUUCGUUGUUGCAGAAGGACCGGCUGACAUUCGCUGUACUUCUCGCGCAAGCUGCGCCCUUCCCCAUGGAUAAGAGCUUGAUCGACCUCGUCUUGGACGAAAGCAUCGUCGGCGGAGAUGUCACCUCAGAUCCCGGGCAGAAGGCCAAGGCCGUGGCUGUCGCCAUGCGGGUCAAGGGCAUCAAGGACCUGGUCACAGAUAUUGAGUCGCCAGAAUGGGAGAAAUUCUUAGCAACCGAACAAGCGGAGACUUGUGUUCCUGGCAUUGCAGCAGCCGGCGGAAGCGAGAACGACAAAGCCCUCAAAGAGCUCUUGCUGGUCAAGCUGUUCCACUUGGAUCGGCUUGUACCAGCGACGGAGCGAUUUGUGAACGUCGUGUUCGGCCAAGAUUUCCUGGACGUGGCGGAAAACCUCGGCAGAAUUGUCGACGAACAGAUUGCCAGCUCACCCAUCGCUCUCUGCUCGACUCCUGGGUUCGACGCCAGCUACAAGGUUGACCAACUCGUUGAGCGACAGAAUGCGAGCUGUACCAGUGUCGCCAUGGGUUCGCAAGAAGGGGUCUCCAGCGCCGACGCUGCGCUCGCUGGAGCUGCAGCCAAUGGCUCGUGGGUCUUGAUCAAGAACGUCCACCUUGCCACAGAAUGGCUGCAGAACCUGGUCAAGCGCAUCGACUCACUCAAGCCGAACAAGGAUUUCCGACUGUUCUUGUCGAUGGAGACGAGCCCCAAGAUUCCAUCGAGUCUGCUUCGCGCUUCGCGGGUGCUCAUGUACGAACAGCCUGCGGGUAUUCGCGCCAACAUGAGAGACACUUUGACCUCACUUCCCGACAAGGCCGUUCAGCAACCAGUCGAAAAGGCUCGCGUGCAUUUCUUACUGGCGUUCCUGCAUGCUGUCGUGCAAGAACGACUACGAUACGCCCCUCGACUAGGCUGGAAGAGCUUCUGGGAGUUUAAUGAUGCGGACUUUGAUUGUUCGGCUUUCAUCAUACAAUGGUGGACAGACAAGGUCGCUCGUGGUCGCUCCAAUGUCGCGCCCAAGAGCAUUCCAUGGGACAUGCUACGGUCCCUGAUUGCAGAAAUGUAUGGCGGCAAGAUUGACGAUGCCGGCGAUAUGGCACAACUAAAGGGCUUAGUCAAGAAGACCUUGACAGCCGAGGCGUUUGAGGAUGGCUUCAACCUGAUUGGUGAAGUCGCUGAAGACGAAUCAGUCGGAAUGCCUUUGCCAAGUGGUUCGGCAAAAACGGAUAUGCUACAAUGGGUGAAGGAGUUGCCCGAGCGCGAGCCGCCCACGUAUCUGGGCUUGCCAGGAAAUGCGGAGAAGCUGUUGCUCGUGGCCCACGCGGAAGAGAUGUUGAAGAAUCUGAAGACCGUAAUGGGUGUGCUUGACGAGGGAGAGAGCAUCAUGGCCGAGGCCACCGAAGAGCCCUAGUGAGUGAGUGAGUUUAGAAGCGCAGGAAAUGUAAGAUGAAGAUCAGAGAUUGUUUUGGAGGAAAUGAAGUUCCCUUUGUUUUUUGUGCAUGGAUGAACGGCGUUGAAGCUCGAGACUGAUGUGGUUGCCAUGGGGGCACUGGCAUCGUGUGCAUUUCUGCGUCGAUACCCCCAACUGCUUGAGACUGACAAGAUUUGUGCGAGUGAUUAGUAAUCUCUCUGUCAGUAAGGUGCAAUAGUUGAUAGAGAAACCCCUGGUUGUCAAUAUAUUAGCCUAAUGCAUUUGGAACG